AAAACAUUUUUUCUCUCCGACACACUCAGCGUCAUCGACGGUCUGCACGACUGCACGUUCCCGUUCCGUUUCACCGUAUUAUAUUAACGUAAUACAAAAACUUGAUCCAUCCUUCGUCUUUUAAAAAUACUCGAUUUCUCAAUCUCAAAUCUAGACUACAGUGAUGGCGUUUUCGAGGAGGCUGAGCUCUGGAGACGCCACUGGCUUCAAGUUCCUCUUCUCAGUCGCUUUCCUCUACGCUUCAAUGGCAGCCAUUGCUUACUUCGUCGUCCACAUGAAACAUAUCUCGCCGCUUCCCUUUGACGCGCCUCUCGAUCAGUUCUCCGAAGCUAGAGCCGUCGAGCACAUUCGUGUCUUGUCCGAAGAGAACAGCGGUCGUCAGGAAGGACGACCUGGGCUUAGAGAAGCUGCAACUUACAUAAAAACACAGUUGGAGAUGGUCAAGGAGAGAGCUGGUCCUAAUCUAAGGGUUGAGGUGGAGGAGGCUCAGGUGGAUGGCUCCUUUAGCAUGAUGUUUAUUGGCCACAGCAUAUCACUUGGAUACAGAAACCAUACUAAUAUUCUUAUGCGAAUCUCUUCGAUGCAUUCUCAUGACAAGGAUGCAUCUGUAUUGAUGAAUGCACAUUAUGACAGCCCUAUCAACUCCCCUGGAGCUGGUGACUGUGGGUCAUGUGUAGCUUCGCUGCUUGAAAUAGCAAGACUGGUUGUGGAUUCUGGAUGGGCCCCGCCUCGGCCUAUAAUUUUCCUCUUCAAUGGUGCCGAAGAGCUUUUUAUGCUGGGCUCACACGGCUUCAUGACGCAGCAUAAGUUGAAAGACACCGUUGGAGCGUUUAUAAACCUGGAAGCUUCUGGGACAGGGGGUAUUGAUUUGGUCUGCCAAUCAGGGCCUGGCUCCUGGCCGUCCAAUGUCUACUCUCAAGCUGCAGUAUAUCCUAUGGCGCAGAGUUCUGCACAGGAUAUAUUCGACGUAUUUCCUGGAGACACCGACUACAGAAUGUUUGCAGAAGACUAUGGUGACAUUCCUGGGCUAGACAUUAUCUUCCUUCUUGGUGGUUACUACUACCAUACUUCCUUUGAUACUAUUGACAGAAUAAUACCUGGAAGCAUGCAAGCGCGUGGAGAAAACUUAAUCAGUGUGCUUAAAGCCUUCACGAGCUCUUCUAAAUUGAAGGUUGCAAGUGAAAGAAAGUCUCUUGACGUGGAUGUUGACAGUGACAAUUUUGAAAGAGCGGUCUUAUUUGAUUACUUAACAAGUUUCAUGGUGUACUAUCCAAAAAGAGUGGCCAUGGUACUUCACAACAUUCCAGCUGCUUUGUUUCUUUUUGCUCCUUUCUUUUUGUAUAUGCGGGAACCUGGGACACACCCUUUCUUAUCAGUCUUCUGGGCUUUCUUGAAAGGAUUUAUACACCAUACCGCUGGGAUUUUACUUGGUGUCAUAUUCCCUGUUCUGUUUUCAGUCAUCAGAUUGUUAUUUGCUAAUCCCAUGAGCUGGUUUGCUCAUUCAUACUUAGCUUUCUUGAUGUUCAUCCCCUGCUCAGUUUUUGGUCUUUUACUUCCAAGAACUAUCUCUGAUCGCGUCUCACAUUGUCAAAGUUUUUCAUCUAAGAAGAUUAUGAAAGUUGAAACAUCUGAUGAAGCAAGGUUUUGGGGAGCAUUUGGGCUCUACGCUUUUGUAACUUCGGCAUAUUUUUUCGCCGGAUUAGGUGGAGGGUUCUUGACUUUUGUCAUCUGCGUUUCUAUGCUGUUGGGGUGGAUUGCUUUCUGUUUAUCUGUCAAGUCAUUUGACUAUGAUUCUAUCAAGUCACCCAUGUUUUAUGUGAUAGCUCUUGCUCCAUGCCUUCUGUAUUCUGUCUAUUUUGGUGGUUUCCUUGCACUGUUUUUGAUUGAGAAGACAGGAAUGAUUGGAGUUCCACCCCCUUUUGGGUUUUAUCUCGCAGAUGUAGCAGUAGCUGCAGUUAUUGGACUUGUCACUGGCUUGUGUAUGGGCCCAAUAAUACCAAUUUGUGAUCGUUGGCUAGCCAAAUCUUCUAUCUUGAAGUUCUUGCUGCACUUUACUGUGGCUAUGUUGGCUGUGUCAUCACAGUUCUUUCCUUAUAGCAAAGAUGCACCUAAGAGAGUUGUACUUCAACAUACAGUCUUCUCUGCAGGUGGAAAUGAAAUCACAGACUCAACUUACGAUUUAGCAGUCGUUGAUUCAAAUUCUAUGGAGUUCGUUUUUAAGCAUGCUCCAGAGGUGGCGGAGAAACUUCAUGCUGGCAGCCCUUCUUUUCCAUUGGGCAACGCUGAAGUGUCUCCUCAGGAAGCUUGGCUGGCACUUUUCCCUGUUUCCUGUGUAGUAACAAAGAAUGGGAGGUUCCCUGCUAAAGUUAACAAGAUUUUGGAACGAUAUAGCCAUUUUCCUCUCUUGAAAACUCACAAACCACCAACAAGAUUAGAAGACGGAACUCGCAGAGUUCAUCUGGAACUCUCUCUCGGCUCGCUGGAGGAGAUAUGGGUCACGGUUCUGAACAUAACUGGGCCAUUAUCAGGAUGGUCCUUUGCAGAUGGCAAACUUCCAGCUCCUGAACUCCCAGAGGGCGGUCCUCCGUCUUACCUAUUGAGACUGAGUGGCAACAGCAGUGAGAAAUGGAUCUUCUGGUUAGAGGCUAAUAGCGAAGAAGAAGUGAGAGUAGAUGUAGCUGUUCUUGAUCAACGUCUUGAUGAAGAAACUAGAAAUUUGAAAAGUCUUUUCCCUGGAUGGUCGGACGUCAUUGCCUACACUAGCUUUCUUUCUACUUACUUCUUCUAAUAAAAAAACUGUAAUCUCUCCAUUUUUUGUUUGUUCUAAAAUAAUAGAGAAUAAUCUGCUCUUAGCACUUGUAGUUAAGUUCAAU